GAGAAUUAGUUAUAAAUUAUUCGAAUUAAGUUGGAGUACUCAUUGUGCUCCUUUAAUCGUAUAAUUUUUGCACCUCAAAAACAAAAAGGAAAGGAAGAUGUUUACUUUAAAUUUCACAAAACUCAUUGAAUUUUGUUGUUGUUUGGUAUUGAUGCAAAAGUGGGGUCAGAAGAUAUCUCAAGAUGUUCUCUUUUGUCCUACCUAUGCUUGCAAAAUCAGAAUCUUAAUCUAUCUUUUGGGUUACUUGGUAUCUUUGUCAGGUCAUCAAAACUUAACUACUCCUAGCUACAAUUAAUUUGCAACAAUUCUUAAUUUCUUAAGAUCUUAAUUCAUGAUUUGGUUUCCACAAAUAAUUUUUUGGUGUUUCUUUGGCAAGGGAUUUGAUUAGUCUUAGGUUGAGAGAUUAGUAAUUUUUCUUUUCUUUCAUAACUCAACAACUUGUCAAUUUAAUAAACCAAGUAUAUAUGAAACUAUAUAUUAAAUAAGCCACACACAAACUUUAAUAAUAUUAAGCCAAUGUUACAAGAAAAAAUAUUUAAGCAAAAUUAGAAAACUAUAUAAUAAUAAUAAUAGCAAAUUAAAACAUCCACCUAGCUUCAAACAACUACCAUAUAAUUUGUUGUGUGGAUCUGUCACAGUUGUCACAAGUAGCAACAUAUAAACUAUAUUGUAAAAUUAAAACAUAAAAGGGUAAAGGUUUGAUUUGCCUACACUUUAGAAUCAAUUAUUAAUUUAAUUAUAUCAUAUAUAUUUUUCUACAUUAUUUGUGCUGAACAAGCCAGCCAAGUUGAUCAAAGGGUCCCUUUUUCCUGCCUUUAAGCCUCAAAGCCUAUAUAUAGACAAGAUUUACACAAACUUUUCAUUCAACUCUCUCUCUCUCUCUCUAUCAUACCAUUUUCUCUCUCCCUAGCUAACUAGCUUUGCAUCAUUCUUCUCUCUCUUUCACACACAAUUUUUUUAGCAAGCUAGGAAUUAAUUAAGCUAGUUAGUAAAAUGAGUAUUGAGAUUGAACAAGAGCACCCUAGUGUUGAACUUUCAAGAAUUGCAAUUUCUGAAACUCAUGGAGAAAAUUCUCCUUACUUUGCUGGAUGGAAAGCCUAUGAUGAAGACCCUUAUCAUGAAUUAACCAAUCCAUCUGGAGUUAUUCAAAUGGGCUUGGCUGAAAAUCAAGUGUCAUUUGAUUUGCUUGAAAAGUACUUGGAAGAAAACUCAGAGACAUCAACAUGGGGAAAAGGAGGUAGUAGUUUUAGAGAAAAUGCAUUGUUUCAAGACUAUCAUGGAUUAAAAUCAUUCAGAAAAGCAAUGGCAAGUUUCAUGGAAAAAAUAAGAGGAGAGAGAGCAAAAUUUGAUCCUGAUAGAAUAGUACUCACUGCUGGUGCUACUGCUGCUAAUGAACUCUUAACAUUCAUCCUUGCAAAUCCAGGAGAUGCUUUACUUGUUCCAACUCCAUACUAUCCAGGAUUUGAUAGAGAUUUAAGAUGGAGAACAGGAGUAAACAUAGUUCCAAUCCAUUGUGACAGCUCAAACAAUUUUCAAAUAACAGUUGAAGCAUUAGAAUCUGCAUACAAAAAUGCAGAAUCAAUGAACACAAAAGUAAAAGCAAUACUAAUAACAAAUCCAUCAAAUCCAUUAGGCAUAACAAUUCAAACUUCAGUCCUCGAAUCGAUACUAGACUUCGCGACUCGCAAGAACAUACACCUAAUAUCAGAUGAAAUCUACUCAGGAUCAGUUUUCUCAUGUGAUGAAUUCACAAGCAUAGCAACUGUACUCGAAUCUCGGCGUUACAAAGACGCCGAGCGAGUUCACAUUGUUUAUAGUCUUUCAAAAGAUCUUGGACUACCUGGUUUUCGAGUUGGAACAAUUUAUUCAUACAAUGAUAAAGUUGUUACAACAGCUAGAAGAAUGUCAAGUUUCACAUUAAUUUCAUCACAAACACAACAACUUUUAGCAUCAAUGUUAUCAGAUGAAAAAUUCACUGAUAAUUAUAUCAAAAUAAACAGAGAAAGACUUAGAAAAAGAUAUGAAAUGAUAAUUGAAGGUUUGAAAAAUGCUAGAAUUGAAUGCUUGAAGGGUAAUGCAGGAUUAUUCUGUUGGAUGAAUUUAAGUCCUAUGAUGGAAAAUCAAACAAAAGAAGGUGAAUUAAAAAUAUGGAAUUCAAUUUUACAUGAAGUGAAGCUUAAUAUUUCACCAGGGUGUUCUUGUCAUUGUUCUGAACCAGGUUGGUUUAGAGUUUGUUUUGCAAAUAUGACUCAACAAACUUUGGAAAUUGCACUCAAAAGAAUAUGUGAUUUCAUGAAUAAUAAGGACACAAAGGAUAUACAAAGUUAAUUUAUUUUGUAAUAGUUUUAUUUUAUUUUAUUUUUAUUUUUUCAAAUGGUUGUGACCAUUUUGAUAAAUUCUUUUUAUUCAUGUAUGAUAUCAUCAUGAAAUUAAGCAGAUAAUUAUGUAAAGAUGAAUAUUCAAUUCAAAUGUAUCAAUCCUUGUUUGCUUGCUUAAUUACUUAAGCAAGUUCUUUAGAAAUUUAA